AUGAACUACUCAGAGAUCCAGGUCAAGGUUCGUGAGGCGACAAACAACGAAAAGUGGGGCGCAUCAGGAUCGCUCAUGUCGGACAUUGCCGCUGCUACCCAUGACUACACUCAGUAUCGUGAGCUGAUGGAGACGCUGUGGAAGCGGCUGGAUGCCGAUGGCAAGAAUUGGCGCCAUGUCUACAAGGGCCUCCAGCUGCUGCAGUACCUCAUCAUCAACGGCUCGCCGAGGGUCAUUGACGACGCUCACGACUCCAUCUCCCGCAUUCGCACUCUGGCCAAGUUCCAGCACGUCGACGACGAGGGCGUCGACCAGGGCGCAAACGUUCGCCAUCGCGCAAAGGACAUUGUCGACCUACUCAACGACACUUCCCGCCUCCGUGCCGAGCGCAAGAAGGCCCGUGAGAACAAGAAGAAGUACUCGGUCGCCCUCUCCUCCUCGGGCGGCCUCUCGUCUGCAAGGGCUCGGCGCGCUACGGCCGCUCCUCCGGUGACCGCUCCGGCGACCGCUCCGGCGACCUCGCUGCCCCGGCCCCGCUCGGUGGUCCGGCUCCGGCCGCCGCCCCGGCCCGCGCCGGCCCGCGCCGCCAACCUCAUCGACUUUUCUGCCGCACCUGCGCCUGCGCCUGCGCCUGCCCCGGCCCCGGCCCCGGCUGCCGCCCCGGCUGCCUUUGGCGACUUUGCCGCCGCCUUUCCCACUCCUGCCGCUGCUCCACCCGCACCUGCACCAGCCACCUUUGCCGCCGCCUUCCCAACAUCGGCCGCAACACCUGCUCCGGCACCGGCCGCUGCUGCGCCGUUCGGUGACUUUGCCGGCGCCUUCCCGACACCGGCCACAGCACCUGCUCCGGCACCCGCCGCUGCUGCGCCGUUCGGUGACUUUGCCGCCGCCUUUCCGACGCCGGCGGCCGCGCCCACUCCGGCAGCCGCGCCUACCCCGGCGGCUGCGCCCGCCCUCGGCCCCCCGCUGCUGGGCUCGGGCUCGGGCGGAGGCCUGCUCGACUUUGGCGGAAGUGCCGCGCCCACCUCGACGGCCGCGCCCGCCGCCCCGGCCCAGGCCGCCGUCCCCAAGGCCAACGUUGACCCGAACGACCUCUGGGCUGCCGUCUCGCUCGACUUUGUCAACGACGCCGCGCCCAAGCAGGCGCCCAAGCCGUCCAAGUCGCUCGACGGCUCCAUCCAGGCCAUUGACACUCGCGAGGUCAAGACCGCCGACGGCUCGGGCGGACCCAACUACUUUGUCAACGUCCCGCAGACCACCGCCCGCACCCCGGCCUUCGGCGGCCUCGGCGCAGGCUAUGCCGGUCGCCCGGCCCAGCAAGCACCUGCACCCGCGGGCUUUGGCGCCUUUGGCGCCCAGACAACUGCGCCCGCGCCAACUGGCUUUGGCGCAUUUGGCGCGCCCGGUACCAACCCGGCACCGGGCAUCGGCCAGCAGGGCUUUGGCGGCGUCAAGCCGUACUCGCAGCCUGGCGUUUUCUGGCAAUGA